UCUACAGACUAUUAAAUAUGCCUAAAUUUCCAUUGGAGAUUUAUCACAGUGUGGGAUUACAAAUUUAAGAAUCUGUUUAAGAUCUGCUGAUCCUACAUCCUGACAUAACCUCACAUGAAAUACUAAGGUGAAGUAUAUUGUAUUUAACAUUUUGAGGUAAAGAUAAUGACAAUUUAAGGAGAUCAAGGCAGGCAGCCCAGGUGUCUGUAACAUUAACCUUUUGUCUUCAUGCACUUCCUAACCAUUUGGCAGGACAAGCUCAAGAUACAGCGGUGCCUUUGUCUCUAUGAUAAUGUAAAGGUAUGGGCGAUACUGUCAGACUGAGUGGAUUAGCACCUAUGCAUUUGAAUGACACCGUUAUGCUGAUUAGAUCAUGGCUGGGAAAUGUAGGGAAUGGGUUGAUUCCUGCACUGCAUUUGCAUGCUUUGUUUAGAUUGUCUCCACCUCUACUCUAUGUAUCCCUCCCCCUUGAAUGUAUAUGAACUACCAAGUACACUGCCUUAGUUGGACUUGGAUGACUACAGCGACGCACAGCGUGUUUCUCAAUAAAAAGUAACUUCUGCUUGAAUGAUAUCCCAACGUCUCCUGGUCUCUGCUUCGACGAGGAAAAAGUUUCCUACAGUUUUGGUGCCGUGACCCGGAUAGAGCUUCUCACCUCAAUCCUGAUUGAAACUUCAAGCACAACAAAGAUCUGAUCCAAAAGAAGAUCCAAGCUGAAUUUUCCUGUACACCCAAGGGUUGGUGACUGAUACUCUAUCCAAAAGAACCAUUAAGACCAGUACCAAGUUGUUAUCCUCUGCGCCGUCAGAGAAGAGUUAACAGACAGCUGUAGGGUUUGGUUAACUAAGUUAUCCUCUAAAAAUGUUCUUUUAGAGAUGAAGUUUAUCCUCUGUUCAGGCAGGGAAGAUUAGCAUUACGUGCUAAUAUUGAUUUAUCCUCUGUAAAGUUAGGGAAGUUUUAUCCUCUGCUUUAUAAGGGACGGUUGUUUAUCCUCUGUUUAAUCAGGGAAGGUGGUGUGUUAACAGAAUAGUCAUCCUCUACUUUGCUAGAGAAGAAGGUUCAUCCUCUGUUAAUUCAGGGAAGGUUACAACUGUUACAGUGUGUAAGCAAGUUGGUUCUACUCUGCUCACCAGAGAAGGUUGAAUAUAUUACGAUGUGUAUUAACUAGGUUAACCUCUGCUCUGUCAGGGAAGUGUUGAAGUGUAUUGUUGUGCCAGAAAGAUAUUACAAAAUGUUGAGAAAGAAUGCUAGACUAAUUACAACAACUGAGAAAGGUGGACUAGCUACCCCUUUAUGGACAGAUAGUGAGUUCAAAUCAUUGUUAGGAAAGCACAUGGACUCAAUAGUGACUGAGUCAGUCAGAUUGGAUUUGACAAAGAAAUUUGGGAAACUUGGUGCUUGUAUUCGGAAGAAAAAUAUGAAGGGCAUUAUCUGCUGCCACAGAGAAUUUACUCUAUCCAUUGCACAAGAACAAAUCCAAUGUAUUGCUAAGUUAGAAAAGCAGAACAAACAGUUGCACACUCGAGUGUCUCGUCUCACUCAGAAGUUGGGCCUUAACAAAGCCUCAACCAAAUGUGACUCAAAAGGCCAACAGUCAGAUGAAAGCUAUCCUGACUUAGAGUCUUUCAGUAGACUAGAGGGCAAUAGCAAUACUGGAUUCAUGGAUAAAGAUGUAAAUGCAGUUGAAGUGUGUGGAGCGAGACAAAAGGCUCAGAGUAGGGUAAAAGGGGUUGACACAGUUACAUCUGUAACCCCCAUACUGCAGUUACAAGCAGGCAGUACAGCUCUAGGUCCUGAAGACAUAGAAAGACUUGCUGAGAGUUUGCCAUCAGUGCAGAGAAAUUUUUUCUGAGUUUAGGACAGAGUUGUCCAGGAAAAUUAAGCUCUAUGAUAUGUCCCUAGCUGAAGUCACCCAGCUAAUGUCACAAAUCCUGAAAGAGUCAGAAUUCAGUGAUUUUGAAAGUGCUGUAAAUAAUUCUGAGUUUCAGCAUUCCAGCAAAGGUGAAUUGAGAGAAGGAGUUCUGAGAGUGUUACAGAACCUUGUUGGACCAAAGGUGGACUGGUCAAAGAUCACUAGCUGUGUACAGAAGAAGGAUGAAACUGUAAGUGAGUACACUGAAAGAUUUUGUCAGUUAGCUGCAGAAUACAGCGGAAUAGCUGACACUCCAGAGAAGGUGUUAGAGGAUAAUGGACCACUGGUCCACAUGUGGUUUGAUGGGCUCUCAUCAGAAUACAGAAAUGCAUUGCCUUUCUUAGACCUCACAUGGUCCAAUGGAACCCUACAAAACAACUUGGAUAGGUUAGCUAUUUGGGAAAGAGACUCGGAUGUUAAGACAAGAGUAAAGAUUGCAGCAGCAUCCUUUAAGGUCAACAGAGAAUCGACAGAAACGUAAAUGUCCUAAGAGAGAAGGCAGUUGUCAUUACUGUGGUAAACCUGGACAUUGGAUGAAAGAGUGUAGGAAAAACAAAAAUACAUUUAAAGAAAUGAACAGCUUUACUCAGCUCCUACUCAGUCUACUUGCUACAUUGAAACUGCCCUUCCCCUCUUCUCCAAACACUUGGAGCAACAGCUUGCUGACAUGCUAACCAUUUGGGCUGUGAGUGCUUAAUUUCCCCAGUAAUCUACAAGAAAGCUGAAAGACUCAUUCUGAACAAAAGAAAGUUGACUGUCACUUCCACCAUUUGGGGUACACUGGUUAAGUACACUCACAGCCUUAAAUGUUAUGCUACAGCACACUCCAUUCACUUAUCCAUCCUCUAUGGGUUAUGAUGUCUGCUAUGACUGAUGUUUCAUUGGAAGAUGGAGAUGUAGCACAGUAAAGUUUACAAAUUAACUACAGGGAGAGAAUAGGACACACAGACCAGUGAGGAGCCCAGGGAAGAACCGAAGUGCAUAAGGCCUCGGGGGCCAACCCUGUGGUGAAGACUUCCUCAUAGGUUUCCCCGCUCUCAGUAGUUUAUCCCCAACCUUACUGGUCUAUAGGUGUCAAAUUGAUUAAGACUAGGUUAAAAAAAAAAAGGAACAAAACCACUAUACGAUCACUAGAAGUUUAUGAUGAUCAGAGUUAGACAGAAAAACUACAUGAUCAUCAGAGGUCUAACGUACUAAAGUCUAUGCAUGAAUACUGCUGGUCUGCUGUUUCUUUGUUUUCUUGUGUUGCAGGUAUGUGUAUAUGCCAUGACGGCUCAUAAGCAGCACCUGGUGUAAAGCAUCACCUCAGAUAUCCAUGAACAACCUUCAUGACGACAGAGUCAUCUGAGCAACUCGGAGUUGCACAACGACAAAGAAUCAUCUGAGCAACUUGGGACAAACAUGGAAAUGCAUUGGAAAUGGACUCUAAAGGGAACAGACUCCACAACUAUUCAGGCGCCAUGGACUUUUAGGACUUCCACGCUUAUGCUACAUGGUUUUCUGUGUCAUCAUGUAGUUUAUACAACAUAUUACCACCCUGCGUUGUAUAUGUGUGUCAACAGUAUACUCAAGUUAAAGAACAACACUUAUGUAAAUGUUGGACACGACAUAGAAUAAGAUGUAUGUGCCUGUAACUGUUACAAGUUACAUGACUGGAAGAUGGGACUUAUGUUAACAAACAUAGGUUAAAGAAGGGAUUUAAGAAGGUUUAAAUUUGUAUUAUGUGAGAGUUAUUAGAACUCUCAAAGGGGGGACUGUGGGAUUACAAAUUUAAGAAUCUGUUUAAGAUCUGCUGAUCCUACAUCCUGACAUAACCUCACAUGAAAUACUAAGGUGAAGUAUAUUGUAUUUAACAUUUUGAGGUAAAGAUAAUGACAAUUUAAGGAGAUCAAGGCAGGCAGCCCAGGUGUCUGUAACAUUAACCUUUUGUCUUCAUGCACUUCCUAACCAUUUGGCAGGACAAGCUCAAGAUACAGCGGUGCCUUUGUCUCUAUGAUAAUGUAAAGGUAUGGGCGAUACUGUCAGACUGAGUGGAUUAGCACCUAUGCAUUUGAAUGACACCGUUAUGCUGAUUAGAUCAUGGCUGGGAAAUGUAGGGAAUGGGCUGAUUCCUGCACUGCAUUUGCAUGCUUUGUUUAGAUUGUCUCCACCUCUACUCUAUGUAUCCCUCCCCCUUGAAUGUAUAUGAACUACCAAGUACACUGCCUUAGUUGGACUUGGAUGACUACAGCGACGCACAGCACGUUUCUCAAUAAAGAGUAACUUCUGCUUGAAAGAUAUCCCAACGUCUCCUGGUCUCUGCUUCGACGAGGAAAAAGUUUCCUACAACAGUCAUAAAAAAUCAUAAAGAAAUUAAAAAAGAUUUUUAACACCUGUGCUUCAAAAAUCAGUUUAUAAUGGAAGUUUAAUCAUAAGAGAGACACAGAGGAAAGAUGAUCUUCAUUUGUUGUUUGUUAUUAUUGUAUGAUCCACUGAUGGGACAGAAUGAGGGGUGACAACUAGGCUAUAAGUGAAGGUCAAGGUAACACACUAGUAAUGACUCAAGUAUUCACAAAUCCUUCAGAAGGAAUUACUAAUUAUUUGGAUCAGUAUUUCUAAAGUGAAAAACACAAUAACUCUCUAAUAAUGACUGAAAUCAUUGUAAGCUUUUGAGGUUUUUGUGAGGUUUUGGAUAGUAAUUCCUUCUGACAGAUUUAGCAACACUAUUAAGUCAUUAUUAGUGGGUUACCAUGAUCUUCACUUUAGAAUUAAUUACACAUUAUGAAUUAUUCACAUUAAUAAUGAGCUAUAUAGUAUAGGGAUGUGCCCGAAGCCGAAUACCUUAUCCGGAAAGGCACGAAUAACAGCUUAAAAACGAAUAAUGAAUAAUUCUGCCGAAUAAUAUUCAGAUGAUUGCAUUUGUAUGCAUAGUAAAAGUCUUGUUUCAUUAUUACAGCAUAUACUUUUUUUUUCUUUAUUUACAUCGAAAGAAUGGAAGUGGAAUGUGACAACUUGCCCCGUAGGUGGGGCACAUUAUAACAUGACCAUAUGACAUCUUAAAAUGUUAUCUGAUCUAAUGAAAAAAAUAUGCAAGACAAAGUAAAACAUUCUGGCAAUAUAAAUACAGUUAUGAACUUUUUUCAUAUAAAAAUGUGUUUUUUUAAAAAUAAUUAAAAAUAAAUUAAUUUUGGAGUUUGACAAUUACCGCACACAAAACCAUACAGCAUAAUUUAAAACAAUGAAACUGAUGCAUAAACACAUUCAGACAUUCUCUGAAAUUCAGAAAUCUUUGGAAGAUAUUACUGAGCAUUUAACAAUAGGAACCAAAACAUAGAAAAUUUCUUAAGUUAAUUUUUCUUUCUUUUUUUUUUUUUUCAAAUUUUUUUUUCAAAAUAUUGUAAAAACGCUAACUGUUUUUAAAAAUUGUAAAUAGGUUAACAGUAAGUUCCCGUAUUAUAUACAGGGAAAAACUGAAAAAGCUCUUUGCAGACAUUUUAUGUGAUUUUCACAGUAAAAUGCUGUAAAUUUUUACAAUUUUUAAAAGUAAAAAAGACAAAAUCAAUGUAUAAUUUACAGUCAAAAACUGUAAACUGAUAUUCCCACAAAAAAGUGACACUCCACAUUUGAAAGUAUUUUGUUUAAAUAAUCAUGUUUCUUAAUAGUUUUGUUAUCAGUUAUGUACAUUAGGGUUUAUGUUACAGCUCCUGUUGUUUAAUGAAUGUUUAUUGCAUUAUGUAAGUGUCGUGGGUUACCAUGAUGGUGUUUUGCGUUUGCAUGAAUGACUCUGUGCACCUUCUUUAUAUUAAUUUACUUCAGCUCAUGGAAUAUGGAAUCCCAAGUCUGCCAAAAUUAAAAAUAAAUACAUAAAUAAAUAAAUAUACAAAGAAAUGUAAAAAAGCAAAAACAAAAAUAAAUAAUUAUUUAUACAUUUAUUUCCUUAUUUAUGUAUGUAUAUAUUUAUUUUUUUCCACAUUUAUUUAUUUUUUCUUUUAUUUAUUUAUACAUUUAUUCAUUUCGAUUUUUAUUUAUUUCCACAUUUUUUUUAUUAUUAUUAUUUAUGUACCAUAUUUGUUCAUUUCCACAUUUAUUCAUUUCUUUAUUUCUACAUUUCUUUAUUUUUACAUUAAUGAGGAGGGCGUGGUUUACCUCAGACAUAGCAAUCGAGCUCAGAGUAGGCGAGAGCGAAGCGUUGAGGCCACAGUGACACCUUGUGGUGUGCCUGAAAUAGUGUAGCCUACUGACAUUGAUACUGGGAUGAAUGAUAUGGAUGGGUUGUAUGGUUAAAGGGUUAGUUCACCCAAAAAUGAAAAUUCUGUCUGUGGCGAGGGGGGCGUGGUUCAGCGGAGUCGGCAGCGGGAGAGAGAGUCAGGAGACGAACGGUGAGUGAGUGGGUUAAAUGCAAAUGACGAACACCUGUCUCUUGUUUCAGUAAUUGGUGUGGAGAGAGUAUAUAACACCAGGAGAAACAGGAGUGGGUGAGAGAGAGACGGACUACUGACUGCUGCCCCGCUGGUGAUCUACGUGUGAGAGAAUUGUGAAUGAUUUGUGACCGCUUUGUGCCUGUCUGCACCCCUUUUGUUUUGUAUUGUGAGAAUUAGUGCAAAUAAAAAGCAGUCAGUAGUCAAGCCGACCCUGUCCUCUUCCUUCCUGAAUACUGAACUUUGCUACACUGGUGCCGAAACCCGGGAAGGAAGACGGAAGCCGCCACCAUGCAAUCGUCCUCCGGAUCGCCAUUUGCGGAGAUUAUCACCUCCCUCGCGGUCAUGCAACAAGAACAACACCAGGCCCUGCUGGACUUGAGACAGGAUCAAGAGAGGUGCUUCCAAGUCGUUGUUCAAGCCCAGCAGGAGGACCGCGAGAGGUUCCGGAGCUGGAUUGACCGGGAGGUUCGACCGGAAGCCCUGGAACCUCGAGCUGUGCCCGCCCACCUACCACUCCACAAAAUGGGAUCUGAGGACGACCCGGAGGUAUUCAUCGAUCUUUUUCAGAAGACGGCCGAGCUGUCGGGCUGGCCGCGGGACCAGUGGCCGAUGCGCCUGGUCCCGCUGCUCUCCGGGGAGUCCCAGAUAGCGGCACAGCAGCUUCCGGUGCAGAAUCUCCUGGUCUUCGACGACCUAAAAAGGGCCAUCCUCCAGCGGGUCGGCCGGAGCCCUGAAGAACAUCGCCAGCGGUUCCGUUCCCUGGAACUGGGCGAGUCCGGCCGACCGUUCAUGUUGGCCCAACAGCUCCGGGACUCCUGCCGCAAAUGGCUGUUGGCUGAGGGAAGCGACGUGGAGAAGAUUGUCGAUCGAGUGGUACUGGAGCAGUUCAUUACUCGGCUCCCACGGAGGACAGCAGAGUGGGUCCAGUGCCACCGCCCCACGUCGCUGGACUCAGCCAUCCACCUCGCGGAGGACCAUAUGGUGGCGUGCCCAGGGGUCGGCGAACCCCUCCCAUCUGUCUCUCUCUCCCCGUCUUCCCCUUCUGUCUCUCUCUCUCGUCCUGUCCCUCUCCCCAGGUCCCGCCCACCUGUCCAUCCUCGAGUCCCGCCCCGGGGGCGGGGCGGGGUUGACCAGAGCCAGUUUGGGGGUCCCAGAGCCCCGCCCAGGAGGGCGGGACUGACUUCCGCUGGACAGGACCCCGCGCCUGUUUCUCCGCUCUCUCCACGCCAAUCAUUUACCCCACUCCCUGCCACUGGGGCGGCGGGGAGGUCUGGGCCAGCCUGUUGGCGUUGCGGGGACCCGGAGCAUUUCGUGGACAGGUGCCCAGUGAUGGAGGUUGGGACAAUGGUCCGGGUCCCGGACGCCCCGCAGGCUGCCCCCGGUCAAGCUGGCUGGUAUCAAAUACCUACAGACGCGUCGGACAGGGGGCUGGGUGCCGUCCUGUCCCAGGAGAUAGAGGGGGAGGAACGGCCGGUGCUGUACAUUAGUCGGAAGCUCUCGAAGAGAGAGACUAAGUACAGCACCAUAGAAAAGGAGUGUCUUGCCAUCAGAUGGGCCGUCCUCACCCUUCGCUAUUAUCUCCUGGGACGGGAAUUCACCCUCUGUUCGGACCAUGCCCCCCUGCAGUGGCUCCACCGCAUGAAGGAUACCAACGCGCGGAUCACUCGUUGGUAUCUAGCUUUACAGCCUUUUAAGUUCAAAGUGGUCCACAGGCCGGGUGCUCAGAUGGCUGUGGCCGACUUCCUCUCCAGAAAUGGGGGGGGGGGGGGGGGGGGGGGGGGGGGCUGCAGGCCGGAUGGCUCCCCGGCCUGAGUCGGGCGGUGGGGGUAUGUGGCGAGGGGGGCGUGGUUCAGCGGAGUCGGCAGCGGGAGAGAGAGUCAGGAGACGAACGGUGAGUGAGUGGGUUAAAUGCAAAUGACGAACACCUGUCUCUUGUUUCAGUAAUUGGUGUGGAGAGAGUAUAUAACACCAGGAGAAACAGGAGUGGGUGAGAGAGAGACGGACUACUGACUGCUGCCCCGCUGGUGAUCUACGUGUGAGAGAAUUGUGAAUGAUUUGUGACCGCUUUGUGCCUGUCUGCACCCCUUUUGUUUUGUAUUGUGAGAAUUAGUGCAAAUAAAAAGCAGUCAGUAGUCAAGCCGACCCUGUCCUCUUCCUUCCUGAAUACUGAACUUUGCUACACUGUCAUUAAUUACUCACCCUCAUGCCGCUCCACACCAGUAAGACCUUCGUUAAUCUUCAGAACGCAAAUUGAGAUAUUUUUGUUUAAAUCCGAUGGCUCCGUGAGGCCUACAUAGGGAGCAAUGACAUUUCCGCUCUCAAGAUCCAUAAAGGUACUAAAAAAUAUUUAAAUCGGUUCAUGUGAGUACAGUGGUUCAAUAUUAAUAUUAUAAAGUGACGAGAAUAUUUUUGGUGCGCCAAAAAAAAAACAAAAUAACAAAUUAUUUAGUGAUGGCCGAUUUCAAAACACUGCUUCGGGAAGCUUCAGAGCAUAAUGAAUCAGCGUGUCGAAUCCGCAGUUCGGAGCGCCAAAGUCACGUGAUUUCAGCAGUUUGGCGGUUUGACACACGAUCCGAAUCAUGAUUCGACACUUGGAGCCGCUGCUGUGACGCUGUACAAACGCUUCCAGUGUGAAUACUCGUGCGUCUCUGCAGCUGCAGUUCAUGUUCACGCGCUGCUAACGCGACGCUCUCGCACCCUGUUGAGGCCCUGAUAUAAAAUACACAGUAUUACUUUAAUUUAACGUGAAUAGUUACUAUGUUACUGUCACAGACACGCCAGGCUCCACCGUCAGCCAAUCACAACGCACACUGUCACCAGAAUACUGAUCACCGGCACCUGCACCUCAUGAGCACCUCAUCACCCACAGUAUAAAGAACACUCACACUCUUCACUCCAUGUCCGGUCUCGUUUGCAUCUACACUUACCUGUAUGCUUACCUUAAGGACUCCAAGCGAUCUACUUACCUGUCUCCAGCGUCUCCUGUUCUUCUCGUGUGAUUCUCCGUCUGUGUGUGAGUGUUCUCCGUUCUCCGUGUCAAGAUUCUCCAGCGUCACUCAAGCUCUUCACAACUGCAACCACCAAAAGGACAGUAUCACCAUUCUGCACUCCAUUCAUCAUCUCUAUUCAAGUUAUAUCCACUUUCACUGCUGUUCCACUCUACUGGUGUCAAUAAACUACCUGUUUGCUAAUUCCUGUCUGCGACCCUUCUGUACUGUAACAGAAGACCGGACCAUCAACAGCCAGACACCAGUAUGAGCCAUCCGGAUCCAUUUCAAGAGCUCGUGAACGCUUUGCGCCGAGCACUCACUCCUCAUCCACCUCCACCGGCACCAGCAGUCACUUCCGCGAACACCGUCAUCACUCCUUCUCCCACCGUUCACACCAGUCCCCUGGCCAAACCAGCGCCCUACUCUGGAUCGGCGGAGGAUUGCAGCGGUUUCCUCCUGCAAUGCGCGCUGGUCCUGGAGAUGCAGCCGCACCUCUACCCUAGCGACACGUCCAAGAUAGCGUUCAUCAUCUCACAACUUCAAGGCAAAGCAUUACAAUGGGCAGACUCCCUCUGGUUUCAAAAGGGGCCAGUAGUUCAAUCCUAUGAUGCCUUCGUCACCCACUUCCGGGAAGUUUUUUGCAAACCAGUCUCUGACUCUUCCAUUGGUGAGAAACUCUAGAAUUUAAAACAAGGUUCCAUGUCUGUCAAUGAGUAUGCUUUGCAAUUUAGAACGCUAGCAGCUUCCAGUGGAUGGAACGAGCAAGUGCUCAUCACCACCUAUCGGCAAGGUUUGGAGCCCAGGGUGCGGCUGCAUCUCGCUGCAUACGAGGACUCCAUCGGCCUCGAACGCUUCAUCCAACUGUCCAUCGUAUGCAGUCAUGUAUUGAAGAACACCAGGGCCAGCCGCUAUUCUCUACCCUCCUUCGUCGGUCCGAACCCAUCAGCCCUCCAGAACCAGCCAACGAGCCCAUGCAAAUUGAAAAUUCUAAACUUUCCUCUGCAGAACGUCAAAGGAGGCUGACCCUGAAUCUGUGUUUAUAUUGUGGUGCUCCUGGGCAUGUCAUAUCUGCAUGCCCAAUCCGUCCUCCUCGUCCCGUGGUGAGUGCAAUCAUUCCCUCCAUAAAUAAGAUGAAACCACUCACUACUGUUGUAAACCUUACUGCUGCUAAUGUAUCCAUUCCAGUGGUGGCGCUCCUUGAUUCAGGGUCAGCAGGAAACUUCAUCUCCGGCUCCCUCUGCAGACAACUCAAGCUCAAGACCUCGCCCACUCUGACCAUCUACCAGAUCCACUCCAUCACGGGCAAACCCCUGAGUCGCAAACGGUCGUUGUGUGGGUCCUCUUCAACUACAGAUUGGUAUUCUUCAUCUGGAGGAAAUUCACCUGCUGGUUCUGGAGGAAUCCACCUCUGACGUGGUUCUAGGGCGCCCGUGGUUGGAGCAGCACAACCCUACCAUCUCGUGGAGAACGGGUGAGAUCCUGAAGUGGGGCGAUAGUUGUUUCUCUAAUUGUUUCUCUCAGUUUCCUGUUCCCAAGUCUCCUCGUGCCAAAAACAUCUCCGUCUGUACUACCUCCAUCGAAAGCCCUGUAGAGAAACGCUCCGUGGACAUUCCAUCAUGCUACGCCCCCUUCAGUGACGUCUUCUGCCCACAAAGAGCCUCCAAGCUGCCUCCACACCGCCCAUUGGACUGUGCCAUCGAUCUGCUACCGGGUGAGCCAGUGCCCAGGGGAAGGAUUUACCCCCUGUCAAUACCGGAGGAGAAGGCCAUGGAGGAAUACAUCAAAGAGGCCAUAGACCAAGGUUACAUCCGCCCGUCUACUUCCCCUGCUGCUUCGAGUUUCUUCUUUGUGGCAAAAAAGGACGGAGGCUUGCGGCCUUGCAUCGAUUACCAUGCCCUCAACAAGAUCACCGUUAAGUUCCGUUAUCCCCUUCCUCUCGUCCCAGCAGCUCUAGAACAUCUCUGUGGUGCCACUGUGUUCACCAAGCUGGACCUCCGCAGCGCGUAUAACCUCAUCCGGAUACGCGAGGGGGACGAGUGGAAGACCGCCUUCGUCACGCCCACCGGCCACUAUGAAUAUCUUGUGAUGCCGUAUGGCCUGGUCAACGCCCCCUCCGUAUUCCAGGACUUCAUCCAUGAGGUGCUCCAGGAGUUUCUCCACAAGUUCGUCUUGGUCUACAUUGAUGACAUCUUGAUCUACUCCCGGAGCCUGGCAGAACAUCGCCACCACGUUGCGGAGGUCCUCCAACGCCUGCGACAGUUCCAUCUUUUCCUGAAAGCCGAAAAAUGUUCAUUCCACCAACCCUCAGUACACUUGCUGGGAUACAUCAUUGAUCACAGUGGCAUCCGGAUGGACGAGGGGAAGGUGGAAGCUAUCAAGUCCUGGCCCACUCCAUCUACCAUUAAAGAACUCCAACGCUUCCUAGGCUUUGCAAACUUCUACCGUCGAUUCAUCAAGAACUACAGCUCCAUAGUCCACUCACUCACCAAUCUGUUCCGAAACCAGCCCAAGUCUCUGUCCUGGACUCCUACUGCCACCAACGCAUUAGAGUCCCUCAAGUAAGCCUUCACCACCGCUCCCCUCCUCGUCCACCCCAAUCCAGACCUGCCCUUCGUAGUAGAAGUGGACGCUUCCACCACGGGAGUGGGAGCGGUCCUAUCUCAGCAGCAGGGGACACCAAGUAGGCUCCACCCAUGCGCCUUCUUCUCCCGCAAGCUCAAUCCGGCGGAAGUCAACUAUAACAUCGGUGACCGCGAGCUCCUGGUGGUAAAGCUGGCUUUGGAGGAAUGGAGGCAUUGGUUGGAGGGAGCCAAGCAUCCCUUCCUGGUCCUCACAGACCAUAAGAACUUGGAAUACCUGCGAGCUGCAAAGAGACUGAAUCCUCGACAGGCACGCUGGGCCAUGUUCUUCUCCCGCUUCGACUUCUCUAUCUUCUAUUGCCCAGGCUCCAAAAACGUCAAGGCAGAUGCCUUGUCCCGUCUCCAUGCUCCAGAUGAAAGCAACGACAAACCUGAAACCAUUCUCCCCGAAUCAAUCUUCGUGAGCCCUAUCUCCUGGUCAGAAGAGACCUUACCCUCCUCCAAUGCCUCCCCAAACGCUCCGCCGGGUUGUCCACCAGGCUUGCACUACAUCACCAGGACACGACGCACCCCACUUAUCCACUCUGCUCACACGUCACUUGGCACUGGCCACCCGGGGGUCAAUGAGACCCUCUCGCUGCUGAAGGAGCGCUUCUGGUGGCCUAACAUGGCAACAGAUGUCAGAAGGUACGUGCAGGGCUGCAGGGAGUGCGCCAUCUCCAAGAGCGCCCGUCAUCUUCCAGCCGGCAAGCUCAAUCCUCUGCCCGUUCCUGAUCGAACCUGGUCACACCUAGGGGUGGAUUUCAUCACUGACUUGCCAGCAUCCGAUGGUCACACCUGCGCCCUGGUCAUUGUAGACCGUUUCUCCAAAGCAUGUCGUCUGAUUCCCCUGAGAGGUCUACCUACCACCAUGGAAACUGCCGAACUCAUGUUUAAUCACGUAUUCCGCUACUAUGGCAUUCCCGAAGACAUAGUCUCAGACAGAGGACCCCAGUUCAUCUCUCGGGUGUGAAAGGCCUUCCUAUGCCUCCUAGGUGUGACCGUCAGUCUCUCCUCCGGCUACCAUCCUCAGUCGAACGGGCAGACGGAGAGGAAGAUCCAGGAGAUCGGUCGCUUCCUCCGUACCUUCUGUCACGGCCACCAGGACUCUUGGAACCAGUAUCUGGGUUGGGUCGAGUACGCACAGAAUUCCCUACGUCAACCAUCUACUGGACUCACUCCAUUCCAGUGCGUGCUUGGUUACCAACCCCCACUGUUCCCCUGGGACGGGGAACCAUCCAACGUUCCGGCAGUCGACUACUGUUUCCGAGAGAGCGAGAGGGUUUGGGACUCAGCACACCACCAACUGCAGCGAGCCCUGCGCAGACGCAGGAUGACAGUGGACCUUCGUCGUUCCCACGCUCCCUCCUACCAACCGGGACAGACGGUCUGGCUGUCAACACGGGACAUCAGACUGGGUCUGCCCUGCAAGAAGUCCCAAGUUCAUUGGCCCGUUCACCAUCACCAAGCAGAUCAAUCCGGUCACGUAUCAACUCCAACUCCCUCCACAAUACCCGAUUCACCCCACAUUCCAUGUGUCACUUUUAAAGCCUCACCACCCUUCUGUUUCUGUCUCCACAGAGCCUGACGUGGCAGCCGCCGAACCCCCCUGCUGGACUGGGAAGGCUACGGUCCCGAAGAGCGCUCUUAGGUCCCCAGAAAUGACAUCCUCAAUCCGAAUCUCCUUUUAACGUUCCACGCCAACCAUCCCGACAGACCUGCCCCGCGUGGAAGAGGACGACCACCACAACGCUGGGGUCCUCGGCCCUCAGGAGCGGGCCGUGGGAGGGGAGGUACUGUCACAGACACGCCAGGCUCCACCGUCAGCCAAUCACAACGCACACUGUCACCAGAAUACUGAUCACCGGCACCUGCACCUCAUGAGCACCUCAUCACCCACAGUAUAAAGAACACUCACACUCUUCACUCCAUGUCCGGUCUCGUUUGCAUCUACACUUACCUGUAUGCUUACCUUAAGGACUCCAAGCGAUCUACUUACCUGUCUCCAGAGUCUCCUGUUCUCCUCGUGUGAUUCUCCGUCUGUGUGUGAGUGUUCUCCGUUCUCCGUGUCAAGAUUCUCCAGCGUCACUCAAGCUCUUCACAACUGCAACCACCAAAAGGACAGUAUCACCAUUCUGCACUCCAUUCAUCAUCUCUAUUCAAGUUAUAUCCACUUUCACUGCUGUUCCACUCUACUGGUGUCAAUAAACUACCUGUUUGCUAA